ACAUAACAGAGGCUGUGGGCGGAGCCUGUGAGGCGUCCAUCUUCUGAGCUGACAAUUGGCUGCUAUCCUGGCCGCGGUUGUACAUUGUGGAGCUGGACGGUAUUGUUUGUGGUCAGGGGGAGCGGGCUCAUCAUGUCAGAGCCCGGGGAGGGUGUGUGCAGAGCCCGGAGGAGAGGAAGGAGGAAUAAAGUCCGAGCUACUGCUUUCCCGGCUACCCGUCUGUAUCAUCAGAAGAGGUCAGCGGAGAAUGUCGCCAGCACUGGGGGCCCCGAGGAGCCCCAGCCUGCCAGAGCGGCUCAGUACAGGCAGCUCCGGAGAGAGGGGCUAAUGACAAAAGUAAAGCCAGAAAAGAAGACUGUAAAAUCAGAAAAGAACAAUACAACAAGCUGUAGUCCAACAGCUCAUAGUUGUGAGCAAUGGAAUCUUCACAAACAAAAAAACAAAUGUAAUGCUCAGCAUGCAAAGACCAAUUCCCCACGAAAAAUGGAAAGGCUUCAGACUGAUUCUGAGCUUUCCAACAGUGCAGUUGGAAAUACAAAGAAACCCUUAACAAGUGCUGAAAACAUCCAGAAAACAAAAAAAGGAAUUUUCACGAUUGAUGAAAAAGAAAUCAAUUACGCAGGGGCAAAGUUUAGUGACCCACCAUCCCCGAGUGUCCUUCCAAAGCCCCCAAGUCACUGGAUGGACAUGACUGUUCAACAUUCCGAUCAGUGUAAGGAGUUGAUGACUUACCACCUGAAAGCCCUGCUGAAAGCCCAGUUGUAAUCAUCCCACCUAUUUGAUGCUCUUAUUGUACUCUUGCCAAUUGUACAAAUAUUCCCAGCACUUUGAAAGCGGCUUUUUUUUUUUUUUUUCCUUCUGCAAGAACAUAAGGGACUUGCAUUUUACAUUUCUGUAUCUAGUAUUCAAUUUUGUAUGAUUGUGUAUAUAGUGUACACAGUGUAAUAUGUGUAUAUCAAUGUUUAUACUACAAGUAAAUUUAGUUUUGGUAUAAAAGGAUGUAUUUUGACCUUACUAAAGCUAGUUGUUUUUUUAUGUAAAGUAAAAAUGCUUAUGUGCCGUGAAAUGAAACCUGAAAACUCCUGUAUUAAUUCUAUAAAUCCCUAAGAAAAGUAAGUCACUCCAAACCCAGAAAAUAGAUCCUUUUUUUUUUACAUAUUGUAAUAUCUUUACUAGCAGUUUCUGCUACGGAUUGUGAAAACCAUGUUUACAGCAUGAAAUCCACAUUCAUGUUUCUGUCCACUGUCCUUUUUUUAAUGCAGUAAAAACAGCAAAAGUAAGUCAAUUGAUGUCUGUACUUUUUAAACGAAAGCACAAGAGAAAAUGAAAUGUCCCCAAAUAAAUGAAUUGGCUAAUGUCAAAAUAAAUAAACUAAUUUGGCCUCCCCAAAAA